GGGUCAGGCGGCACCCGAACAGGGACCCUGAAAACAAGGGGCACCAUGAGGAAUGCUGGUUUUUGGAGCUCCGGUUGCCAAAGUGAAAGUGCGUCAUGACGACUGCCCGUCGAAUGGAGACAAAGACUUUCCAAAUCAAGCGAUUCCUGGCCAAGAAACAAAAGCAAGAUCGUCCUAUUCUUCAAUGGAUUUCGAUGAAAACUGGUAACAAAAUCAGGUACAACUCCAAGAGAAGACACCGGAGGAGAACAAAGCUGGGUCUGUAAGGAUUCGCACAAUGGCAAGACUGAAGGUUUAUACAGAGUUAUGAUCAUCAUCAUAACUAUGAUCAUCUAUGAUCAACUAUGAUCAUCAGUCAAUCCUACCAGAAGGAAUUUUGGUCUUGUCUAAACUGGGAAUGGAGUUUGUUCCAUAAUAAAAUGUAGAACAUU